GAAAAGAUCAAUAACGAACUAUAAAUUCACAAUCUUUACAAAAUUGGCAACCAACUACAAACAAGACCACUACUUUUUCUGGUUCUUCCCCGCCAUAUUUCGUCUGAUCGAGAUCGUUCAUUUUGGGGGUCGGAGAAAACGAUGUCGUUCUGCUCAUCUCUGCCGUCUUUUAACGCCUCCAAACCUCUUAGUUUACGCUUUCGAGCCUGCGCCGCUGACGUACCGGAUUUCUUUUCCGCCGAUUGGCUUGAGUCUCGUAGGAAAAGACCUUUCGGUCCGAGAUUGAGUUUUAGUGCAGAUGAGGCUGUUAGACACCAACUCGAUGCGUUGAUGUUCAAUGACCAACCUCGCCCCGAUUAUGGCAUUGAAGUCAUGUAUAGGUUUGCAGGAUUUGAUCCCUUCGAAAGAUCUACCUAUUUCGGGCCCUUCUUUGACUUGGGUCAGUUUGAAAGAUUUAGGCGAAUAUUUCACCAUUCAAGCUACAGAGCUCUACUAGGCCACCGGGAAAGAAAGAUCUUGAGCAGUUUAAACGUCGAUGAGUAUUGCUUUAAGCAGAGAGUAUGGAUACGAGGAGCUCGGCCUGAAGAAGAAGAAGUAUUCCAAUUUACUAUGAUUCAGAAAGUCGGUGGUUCCUGGGACGGUUAUUGGCUGACGGAGUCUGUACUUCACGAUGGAGAUAGCUUUUCCGGUGGUGUAGCAUAUUAAGACACCUCUGAAGAUGGAUGAGCUGACCACAUGUAUAUUAUUCACAGUUUCUAUCGAAACAUGUAUAUGUGUACUUAUAUACAUAGCAAUAAGAUUCAUAAUUCGAAAGCUGAUCUGUUUGUAAAGAUGUUUGUGGUUAUUGACAUAUAAUUUUGCCGCCAA